CUUAAUUACCUUUCCAUAUAAUUUGUAAAAAGUAUCUAACUCCAGAAAAUGGUGGCAAAAAAUCUUGAAGUAGGAGAUCUUGUUUGGGCAAAAAUGAAAGGCUUUCCAGCAUGGCCAGCCAGAAUAAUUGAACCUCCAGCAUCAAAAGCAAGUAAACCCAAGAAAGCGCACCAUUAUGUUUAUUUUUUUGGUUCAGAUAAUCAUGCGUGGAUAAUGGACGAUAAUAUUGUACCGCAUGCAGACAGUAUGCUGGAGGAAGCUAGUAAAAAAAAGCGUUCACCUGCACUUCAGCAUGCUGUUGAAGCUAUUAUAAAUUACAGUAAAAACAAUGUGAAGAAAGAUAAACCAUCAACACAUAAAGCUGAUAAGGCAGAUGGUCAUGUAGCGAAAGAUUCUUCUAAAAGUAAAUCACCUCAGAUCGUCAAUAGUGUUACAAAAAGGCGUGAAAAUAAAGUAUCAAAAAAAAUUAAACCUCCCAAAAAAGUUACGGUGUUAAAAUUGAAUAAGAAAACACCAAGGAAACGUCCAUCAUUUGAUGACUCUAAUAAUAACAUCAGUGAACCUGUAUCUCCUAAAAGAAACAGGGUGACUAAUGAUGAUUAUUCUUCACUGCUGAACAGUGUUCCACCCAAUGUUAGUUACACUCAUAUUCCACCAUAUAAUGAUCAUGUGUCUCCUCAUCCAUCUCCUUCAAUUUUGGGUAGACCAGCUUACGUUGAAAGACAGCCUACUCCUCCUCUCGAUAUUGAAACGAUCAGUGAAACAUUGAAGACAAAGCAUGUGAAACCAACUGAUAAAAGAAUUGGCUUUUUAGGGUUGGGCAUAAUGGGUCGAGGUAUUGUUAAGAACUUGUUAAAUUCAGGACAUUAUGUAACAGUUUGGAAUCGAACUCCAGGGAAAAUGGAAAGUUUUAUAAGAGCCGGUGCGCAUAGAGGUAUGACUCCAGCAGAUGUUGUUACGGCUUCCGAUAUAACAUUCUGCUGUGUUUCUGAUCCAGAAGCUGCAAAAUCUUUGGUUUUUGGAAAUUGUGGUGUAUUGAAAGCUUUAGAAACCUGCGGUGAUGUUGGAAAAGGAUAUGUGGAAAUGACUUCUAUUGAUCCUGAUACAUCUCGAGAAAUAGCUGAAGCCAUAUCUACUAAUGGAGGCAAGUAUCUUGAAGCUCCAAUCAAUGGUUCAAAGAAACAAGCAGAAGAAGGCACUUUAUUUAUACUUGCUGCUGGUGACAGAUCUUUAUUUGCAGAUUGUGAAACUUGCUUUCAUGCAAUGGGAAAUCAUGCAUAUUAUAUUAGUUGCGAAGUAGGAAAUGGUUCAAAAAUGAACCUUAUUCUUAGCAUGCUUCUCGGAACAUCAUUUGCAGCUCUGUCUGAAGCAAUGGCUUUGAUAGAAAGAUCAAAACUUUCGCAGGAUGACUUUUUGGAGAUUCUUACAUUGGGUAGCUUACAAUGUCCAGCACUGAUAGACAAAGGUCAGGCAAUACUUGUAAGAAAUUUUGCGACUAAUACACCUCUGAAACAUAUGCAGAAAGACUUGAAUUUAGCCCUGGUAAUGGGCCAUGAACUUGAGCAGCCUAUGCCUCUUGCUGCUGCUACAAACGAAGUCUAUAAACAUGCGAAACUUCUCAGAUACUCUGAUCAUGAUGUUUCCUCUGUGUAUAUGGGUUCAAAAUACUGAUAGCAGACUGUUAUUGUGUUGUUAUUUACUAAUGUUUCUCAAGAGCAAAAAAUUUUUGCCUUUUUUGCAAAAUUCGUUGUAACUGUUAACCGAUAAAAAGUGUCAUUUGUAAAUCUUAUUUUAUGAUUCUUGUCCAUUCAGACAUGGAUUGCCGAAUAAUCGCAUUGUGGGACCACUGUGAUGCAUUCAUUCACUGUCGUCAUGUUUUUAAAUCAUUAAACUUUUAUUUCGUGUCCAUCAGUUCUUUUACUAUUUUAAAAUCAUUUUAGAAUACUCAACAAAAUCAGAUGUGUCAAAAAAAUGAAAUAUGUACGUUUCACAACUAUUUGGAAUCUGUGUAUGAAUUAAUAUCCGUAUCAAAUAAAUGGUCAAUUUAUCAUAAAAUAAAUUUCUCUGGGAUU